AUGGCCUUGUCUAGUUCCUUACUGAUGGCCCUGCUGCUGCUCAGCUGCCAGGCGACCUGCUCUCUGGGCUGUGAUCUGCCUCAGACCCACAGCCUGGGGACCAGGAGGGCCUUGAUACUCCUUGGACAAAUGAGGAGAAUCUCCCCUCUGUCCUGCCUGAAGGACAGAAAUGACUUCAGAUUCCCCCAGGAAGACUUGGAUGGCCACCAGCUGCAGAAGGCCCGAGCCAUCUCUGUCCUCCAUGAGAUCCAGCUGCACAAGGCCCGAACCAUCUCUGUCCUCCAUGAGAUGACCCAGCAGAGCUUCAAGCUCUUCUGCACAAAGGGCUCAUCGGCUGCUUGGGAUGAGACCCUCUUGGACAAACUCUGCACUGGACUCUAUCAGCAGCUGGACGACCUGGAAGCCUGUCUGAUGCCGGAGGUGGGGGUGGAAGAGACUCCUCUGUUGAACGAGGACUUCACACUGGCCGUGAAGAGAUACUUCCAAAGAAUCACUCUCUACCUGAAAGAGAAGAGGCACAGCCCUUGCGCCUGGGAGGUUGUGAGAGCAGAAAUCAUGAGAUCCUUCUCUUCAUCAAUAAACUUGCAAGGAAGAUUAGGGAGGAGGCGAUGA